AUGUCUGGGUUUGAGCUCGCUGGCGUCAUCCUCGGUGUGCUUCCGCUUGUAAUCAACGCUUUGGCCGACUACAGAGACGGAAAGGGGACUCUUAACACGCUUUUGAAAUUUCAAGGACUUAUCGAUGAUCUGAUCCACCAACUCUCGACACAGAAGACGGCUUUCUAUCUGGACAUUCUGCAGCUGCUCCGGGAAGCGAGGGUGCCCGAGAUACUUGACGACGUAGACCCUCCUGAAGCGAGGUGUGUUGCUGUCCUAAGGGAUUCCAAAACCGGCGACGAGGUGACAAGGUAUCUGGGUCAGCUCUAUCCACAGUUUCUCGAGAUAUUGGGCUAUUACGAAAAGUGUUUGAAAGACAUCACAUCUAAGCUCGGAAACAUUGUGCGACUUAAGACUGCAAGUCCACCCACCUAUGAAGCGAAAUGA